GUAGGAGCGUUUUAUUUUGCGGACAGCGUUGGUUAACCAGUCUCUACUAUUCAAACAACUCCAGACAAGCGGUGGAUGUAACUGUGCGGCUGCUGGGUUAAAAACACAGGCUAUAUCGUCUAGAGACAGUGCCGGAUCUGGACUGUUUUUCCUAAAUAUUCCUUAUAUUGGAGUGUGUUUUUUUUUUUUGUUUUUUUUCCCCCAGUCGCUUCUUGUGUGAGUCCGGGACUGGACAGAGAUAUACAUGCGAGCGACCGGACUGUGUCCAGAAAAGUAGAAACAAACACAAAAAAUUACAACGUGGACAUUUUCCAAGGACGCAUCUGCUAUUUCGUGGCUAGGUAAUUUAACACGAAAAGAGGGUCAGGCCCAUCGGGUUUCAUUUUGAUCCACUCUGCUUGAAUUGCCAGCCUGUGAUUCAGCUCUGAAAGUCGCACAUCAGCGGUACAGCCAACACUUCAGUGUUCAGGUGGUCGGUUCACCGGCGGGGGGGACUUUAUUAUAAUCGCUCUCAUUAUUCGAUGAGUGGGCUUGACACAAGCUAAACACCACCAGAGGUCGGGACCGGAGCUCCUAGGAGCCACCACCACUGUACAUGUGACCUGGAGAAUCCCUCUUAUCUCUGAAGGGUGUUGAUGGAGAGGCAUUCGAAUGACAGCCGGGACAGUGGUCAUCACAGGUGGAAUUCUAGCUACAGUUAUCUUACUCCUUAUCAUCGCAGUAUUGUGCUACUGUAGGCUGCAGUAUUAUUGCUGUAAGAAGGAGGAGUCCGAGUCGGAGGAGGAGGAGCCAGACUUCGCUGUUACAUCCCGCCUCCCACCGGUCCACUCCAAUCACAACAUUGUGGCGGCCACGGCCGCCGCUUCUUCCGUCCCCAAUGGCCCUGCCCUUUUCUCCACCCCUCCGAUGGCCAGGAAACUGACACGUUCACAGACCUUCUGUCCAUCCUGUACGCACUACGAGCUGCCCUUCUACCUCCAGCCCCCUCAGCCACAGCUGCACCACCAGCCAGAUGGGUUGAGGAAUGGAGGUGACCGUAUCAGCUAUCGGAGUGUUCAGCAGCAGGAUUUGGACCUGCCAGUGCCUGUAAACAUAUCAAACUACCGAAAACCCAACCUCUCCCGGUCAGUCACCAUGAGAGACAUGUUCACACGCAGCUGCAGCAUCAGCACUGAUGUUUAGCAAGCUGGGGUUGGAACUUCGGGUAGGUUUGUUCUAAAAGUGGACUGGGAUGGGCUAGACUCAGGCACUGCUUUUGCCAUCUUGACCAGUGUAGUCCAGCCUGGUAUGGGCUGGUCUAGUCUGGUUCUCCUGAUCACAUCUUCCAGGAACUAAAGACUCAGAUGGCACUGAGGACAGGAUUUUCAAAAGGUACUUUGUUUAGUCCUUGAAAUCAUUUUGGUCCAAAGUAUGGAAUAAAACAUAAUGAAAAGUUAAUUUACUGAUAACAUGAACUUCUAUAUUUGUUUUGUUCCUAAUAGUUGUUUUUCUUACCAAUAACAAAGGAAUUUGUUUUAAAAUUUGUGUAGCCCUACUUCUUCUGCCUAUGACCUGAAAUAUAGAUUCCCUCCAUGUUACAUACCAGGCAAGGAUUACCUUCUUGCCAUAGCAGCUAAUACAUAAUAUGAUGAGAACAAGGAUAUGGGGCCAUUGCUUCCCUCUCCUGUGAUUGCAAAAUCAGUCUAUCCUUAGAUUAUACUGUUGAUGGAGUAUUGUUGGAGGAUUGGGGGUCAGAAUGAGGGCAGCACAUUGUAACUGUCACCCAGAGACAUUUUAGACAGACUUAACCUAGGCCAUAAUAUCUUCAAACAAAGGGCUCGCUGAAGAUGGAAGUUCCUGCUUGUUUUCAACAUCCUUUAAUAGAGGUGAUCCAACUUGCCAGGAGGCUGCUUUUUCUAAACGUAUGGUGACAACACGAAGAGUACACUACUGUUCAACCUCUCUGUUCUCACAGGCAGGCUGGAGUAGGUGCCAGAAGGGACUGGUUUAUUGCAUUUGUGUGUGUGUGUGUGUGUGUGUGUGCCUGUAUGCGUGCAUGUGUGCCUGUGUGAGCACGUGUGUGUAACUGGCUUCAUUGUUAUUCCAGAAUUCUGAUUCCAUACAAAGAAAAACUUUCUGUUUCCCCAAAAUAUACUGAACCCAGCACUGGGUUGCAAUAACAUUUUAAAUAUUAUUAAGGGAGUAAUAAAGGGUAAGGGGGAUUUUUAUUGUUACAAAUGUGCCAAUUCACCCUUACUGACUGUUAAUGCAAAGAUUAGGCUUGGCUAAGCCAGAUGGGAUUUUCAGCUGUUUUGUAAAUGUUUACUCCUGAGAUAUGAUUGAUUAUUGCUAAAUCACAGCCUCAUGUAGAACAGGCAUGGACACAGGUGAAGGUGGCAGACAGGACAGCAAAAACUUUUUACAGCAACACUACCUUUACUGUAUGAUUUUCAUUAUAGCUCUUCACUGACGUUUCAGUUUGUGGACUCUUCACUGUAAUCCUUGUCUUGUUUAUGAUUUAUUGAAAAAUCAAUUGGAUAAAGAUUAAGUCACUUUUAAAGGCAUAACUAUAAAUAUUUAACAGGCCAUAGCAUACACUGCUCUCUCUCUUCUCCCUACUUGCCGGUCUGGGGAAUAUUUUCUCUUGCUCUGUGAUACUCAGACAGUUCCUUCUUGAGAAUGUUUGUUUUUGUAUUUUUUGGCUAACCUGGCUGGAGGGAUGUUAUUCUGAAUGAAAGAACAGUGGCUGAAUUUUAUGGCCACAGGACACACAUUUAAUGAGUGAAAUCAUUUAUUGCUCAGAUUUCUAUUGAGGUAAGGCUGGUGGUUUGGUGAGGACCUUGAAGCUGAUUGGAUCUUGGGCGGUUUGUUGUCCCUCUUGGACAACCCCCCCUCUGCAUGAGUGGUGAAUGCUGUUACCCCCCCCCACCCAAGCCAUCUUCUCUCUCUUUCUCUUUUCUGUUGAGUUGAAAAACAAUCAUGCUGAUUUAUUUUUCCACAGGAUGACACAGUGAGUGAUUUUUUUAAAUAGUUUUUCUUCUUGUGACGUGCUUUCAUGCAAAAACACCAUGACGUGCACACACACACACAGACACAGACACACACACACGCACACACGCACACACACACACACACACACACACACACACACACACACACACAAGUUCUCAAUGCUAUGUUUUUUUUUUCUUUUUGAAAAAUCAUGCUAUGUGACAGUUGCACAGGAAAUUUAGUGCCAUAAAGAAUUCUGAAAGAAAUAUAUUAAAUACUAUAUUAUUAUUAUUAUCAUUAUUAUUAUUAUUACUACCACUACUACUAUUACUACUACUACUACUACUGGUGUACAUCCAAAUGCAGUGUUGCUUUUAUCUUGAAGUAUUUGAAUUAUUUGCAUUGUUUUAUGAUCCAGCUGGUUUUCCAGACUCAGUACAGUAAGGUACAGCAGAAAUGUUUCUGUCUUUGUUUCUAAUGUAUAACUAACA